AGAGCGGUGCAUUUACCUCGUUGCGAGAAACAUCUGGAAGACAAAAGUGUCAAACACAAGUCAUUCUCAUCUGACAAUUCCAUAGAGAAAAUGCUGACCAGCUGCCGCUGCUACAUAACCACACGCACAGAAAAUGCGAAGCUACUCGAUCGAUCAUCGACCAGAGCAAACAAUGGCGACGGCGGGCAGCGAAGGAGAAGGAGGGGACGUGAAGCUGCUGGGCCUGCGGCUGAGCCCGUUCGUGGCCCGCGUGCGCAUGGCGCUGGCCGCCAAGGGCGUCCGCUACGAGUACCUCGAGCAGGACCUCGCCGCCAAGAGCGACCUCCUCCUCAGAUCCAACCCGGUCCACCGGAAGGUCCCCGUGCUCAUCCAUGGCGGCAGCAAGCCCGUCUGCGAGUCGCUCGUCAUCCUCCACUACAUCGACGAGGCCUGGCCCACCGCCGGCCCAGCCAUCCUCCCCGCCGGGGGCCCGCUGGAGCGAGCCGCCGCGCGGUUCUGGGCCGCGUACGUCGACGGCGAGCUGUUCCCGGCCUGGGGCCGGGUCAUGAUGGCGGCGGAGGAGGAUGAGCGGGACGAGAGGGCCCGCGAGGCGGGCGAGAUGGUGUCGCGGCUCGAGGAGGUCUUCGUUUCCAGCGCCGGCGAGUUCUUCGGCGGGGACGCCAUGGGGUACCUCGAUUUCGUGCUGGGGAGCAACCUGUUCUGGUUCGAGGCGCUGCGGAGGAUGUUUGGUGUGAAGUUGAUUGAUGAGGCGAGGACACCGAUGCUGGCGGCGUGGGCGGAGCGGGUUGGGAAGGCUGCGGCGGCGGAAGGGGUGGUGAUGUCGGAGGAGCUCGUGGAGAUGGCCGUGGAGCACGCGAAGAAGCUUCGGGGCUUCGGGCCGCCGCCGCCGCCGCCAAGAGAGCGUGAGAAGCAGAUCAAUUAUCUGGCCUCGGUUUGAACAAACAGUAGUGUGCACGCUAGGGCGCCAAUGUACUGUAUAAUACAGUAAUUAGCAUCUUUUAUAACCAUGUUUAUUUAUGGUAAAUUUAGACAAGAUUAACGACAACUGGACAAAAUUUCAAAUCCAAAUUCGGUACACAGUAGUUAAACAGAAAAGUAAGUACGAGAGACACAUCCUUCCGUAAAUACUACAGCGAAAAUCCGAGAAAAUUGAAUUUGAUACCAUCGAGAGAAUGGUUGUCUGUC